CUUUUUGGUGUUCCGGAGAGAGAGAGAGCUCGACGAGAGCUCAGAUAGUCUCAGUGGAGGCGAGUGUGGAUUGGAUUUCGUGUGGAUUGAUCUGUGUACAAAGGCGUUCCUCCAAUUUCAGGAACGUGCAUCAUGAGUGCAUCCCUCUAGGGACGGUUUUGAAUUUGUUUUGCAAAGUUUUGUCGCAGAAUUAGAGAAGCAGACGACGAAUUAAAGGGCUAGGGCGCAGUAGAAGCAGACGUGGUGCAGGUGGUGGUGGUGACAAGAGUGGAAGCAGCAGGGAACUAUGUCGGUGUCGGACGGGGAUUCCUCUCAUGGCGGGUGGAAGAAUUUUCGGCAGACGACUCGUGAUCGUCUUUUACUGGAAAUGCUCCGCAGUGCUAGAGGAAACAAUGCCGCGAAUUGGAAGGUUCUCAUCAUGGACGAUGUGACAGUCAAAAUAAUGUCGAAUGCCUGCAAGAUGGCAGACAUCACGGAAGAAGGGAUCUCAUUGGUUGAGGAUCUGAACAAGCGAAGGCAACCAUUGCCGGCUCUGGAGGCUGUGUAUUUUAUUCAACCCACACGAGACAGUGUCCAGAAGUUCAUGGGUGAUAUGAAUGGGAAAUCACCUCUUUACAAGAAAUCAUAUGUUUUUUUUAGCUCUCCAUUAGGUCGAGACCUACUCAAUAUCAUCAAAGGGGAGCCACUUCUUUUGUCAAGAAUUGCAGCACUGAGAGAGAUGAAUUUGGAAUACUUGACCAUCGACACGCAGGGAUUUUCCACAGAUAACGACAGAGCAUUGGUCGAGCUAUUUGGAGAGCUGAGUGAGGGAACCCGUGAUUAUGAAGUUUGUCUAGACACCAUCGCAUAUCGGUUGUCUACAGUGUUCGCAUCAUUGAAGGAAUUUCCCUUAGUAAGAUAUCGCGCUGCUAGAUCUGCUGCUGCAAAUUCUGUCUCAACCACGACAGCCCGGGACCUAGUACCGACAAAAAUGGCAGCGGCGCUUUGGGAACGCCUAAUGAAGUACAAAUCCUCUUUAGCGAACUUUCCGCAAACUGAAACUUGUGAACUGAUUAUUGUCGACCGAUCAGUUGACCCGGUGGCUCCUAUUAUUCAUGAAUGGACUUAUGAUGCGAUGUGCCAUGACCUUCUUGAUAUGGAUGGCAACAAGUUUAUGUAUGAGGUUACAACAGGAACAGGGAAAGUAGAGAAGAAGGAAGUUUUGCUGGAAGAGCAUGAUCCUGUUUGGUUAGAGCUUCGUGAUUUGCACAUUGCUGAGGUUAAUCUGAAGUUGGAUGAUAAGAUGCAGCAAUUUGGUGCAAAGAAUAAAGCUGCUCAGAUACGGCUGGGUGCCAAAGAGGGCCAAGAACUCUCCACUAGAGACAUGCAGAAAAUGGUUCAGGCUUUGCCUCAGUAUCGAGAUCAACUGGAGAAGCUUAGUUUGCACAUCCACAUUGCUACAGUGCUGAAUAAAAAGAUCAAAGACGAGGGUCUGAGUGAUGUUGGAAAUUUAGAGCAGGAAUUUGUUUUCGGGGAUGCGACAAGCAAGGAGUUGAUAAACAUUCUCAAUGUCAAACAGGAUUUAAGCGCUGAAAACAAGCUGAGGCUUUUGAUGAUUUAUGCCGCUACUCAUCCAGAAAAACUGGAUGCUACGAAGAGACUCCAGUGGAUGAAGUUGGCGAGAUUAACGGGUGAUGACAUGAACGCCAUCAAUAAUAUGGAGUACCUGGGAGUUUCCGUUUCCAAAAAGCCAACUAGCGGGUUCUCCCUGAAGUUUGGCGCUCGAAAGAAUAAACGACCUUUGAGGAAGGAGAGGAAUCAGGAGGAGGAGGGUUGGCAGCUAUCCCGAUUUUACCCUGUGCUUCAGGACUUGGUAGAAGAUCUUGUGAAAGGUGAGCUCUCAAAGGAUGAGUAUCCAUAUGUGAAGGAACCUGUGGGUCCACUACCAGCUACUCAGGCUGCAAAUCCUAAUUCACCAGGGGGAGCUACCAAACCCGCCGUACAUUCUAGACGAACAAAUAGGCCUGCAACAAGUACCUGGGCGAACAAGGGUCGUUCUUACGAUGACGGAUCGGUUGACGGCAGAUCCGUAAGUAAUAAUCAUAAUCAUAAGCCAUACGGAAGACGGAUUUUCGUAUUUGUCAUCGGUGGCAUCACACGAUCUGAGUUGCGGGCAGUGCAUGAGAUGUCUGAGGAUAAUAACCGUGAGAUAAUACUGGGUUCCAGUUCUGUGGAUACUCCCAAGGAUUUUUUGCUGGUAAGUGAUGUAUAAUGUUUUGGUAAUUUUUUUUUGGAUUUACAGUUAAGGAUAGCACAUAAGCUCACUGCUCAACUAAGACGGGAGGUCGUAAUUGGGUGUACUAGCGUGGAUAGUCCACAACAAUUCACAAGGAAGUUGAAGGCUUUGAGCAAUUUAGACGACGUGGAUUUGUAAUCUGACGUGGUUUUCACUGAGAUCUAAAUUUAUCUUCUGUAAAAGUGCUGAAAGUCAGAUGGUGUGUUAGGAUAAUGGUUCACCCGGCGAGUUUAUGAACGAAGGUGGAUAUGGUGCUCGUAAGGAGCAAUACUUGCGUCGGAUUACGUCCAACUCUUACCCAGACGCACCAUCCGUCUCAAUCAUUGUCUUCUUACACAAUGCAGAAAGUUUCCUCAUAUUUAAGGCUAUGUAAGCGGAUUAGGUCUUGAUUGGGGGCCCUAUGAGCACUUGCUUGCUUCUGCUCAUAUAUUGUACUUUAGAACCUCCUUCAGCUUUUGGAUGCUGGCGUAUUUGAUUAUUACAUGACCUGUUCCUAGGGAUGUUGAUGAUCAGGGGCUUCAUUUGGUGGACAAAAGCUGCAAAUUUUGUGGUGCUUACAUGCCAGGAUGUGCAUGCAUCCAGGAGCUCUUGGUUGUCGAAUAGGGUGCAAAAUUUUGGCUCAUAGGACAACAUUUCAUAUCUUCAAUAUAAGAUAUGGUGAGCCUUUUUGCUAGGAGCUUGCCCUUGACUGCGAUAGUUUAAGCUGCACUCUCAAAAUUCUAGGGCUGACAUGAGGCUCUUCUUUGCUAGAAAUUAUUAAUUCUUUCAAGAGAUCUGACUUAGUCAUAAUGAUUAGUAAGACGGAACACCUUCUUAGAGUACUCUGCUGCGGCAUGAGUGCAUGAGUUCAGAGCUUCACUAUUCGUGGACGCUGAAGUUAAUCUUAGUUUUGUCAUCCAUCAGCUUUCACGAAUUGUAAAUAGGAUUUAGAGGUAGUUUGAGGAUCACCGCUGUGUAUGGAUUCGGGUAGUUCCCUUCUCUCCAGAUAACCAUUAGUCUAUAAGUUCUAAACACAACUUUGGUCUUCGAAGUUUGAGAGCAGUUUUCAAGGCAAAUCCUUAGCCUGCUGCUUUACUGUAUAUGGCUGAAAUUGUGAUAUUAUUCUUCUUCAGUUGGUGUCAACAAUCAAAAAACAGGCUUCUUUUGUUUUCGUUUGAAAAAUCUGAUGGAAUGCCAAAUCAUUAUGGUAUGUGUCUUGGAAGUGGUUUAGCACUUCAGCAAUAAAGGUACGUGCAGGUACCCGUGUAUUUGAGAACGUGUCAGUAGACAUUUGUAUUGCUGGAAAUGAUUUUAUUGAAGGCACCGAGUACUGAAAGUCGAGGUUUAAGUUUGUUUUGAAAAAAGUGAUAUCGAGAGUUUGUGGAGUGCAGGAGGUGUCAAGAGGACCUGACCAAAGCGAGUGCAAAAGUGCAUUAUGGAUUUCUGUAGCUUCAAGUAACUUGAUAAAGUUUUGAAGACCGGUGUGAACGUCUGUGAAAGUGUUGAUGGAAACUUGACUGCUGAUGCACGCAAUGAGUUGUAGUUAUUUUUCAGACAUAUAAUGUAUAUAAACACACUCUGUAAUGAAAUCUAUUUUCGUAGUAUCGUACAGGAGACAUGUGAACUACAGAGAGGUAAUUAUGUCAAACAAUGGAACGAUUAGUUGCUCCGAUAGCAAGGACUGAGGACAGGGAUUGUUUCCACUUCAAUGGGUUGAAAAUGUAUGAACUAAACUACGGGAUAGUGCAUGCGUAUUGUCUUCGUCUUCAUUGCGCAGCUUUUACAUGGUGAGUAUUCUUUAGGUCUGAUGCCUCAGGAAUUACAAGCGGCUGUACUAAACCUUCCACUUUUUCAGCAGUUCUAUUCAGCAGGAGAAAAGUGCUGAAAACUGAAUAUUUAGUUUUUUAUUAGUUUAUAAUAUUUAGUUUCGCACUUUCUCAUCGAUUGGUGUGGUGGUGGCAUUUGACAGCCCGUCCUUGGCUGGCCGGUUAAAGUGGUUGGAAUACCUCGACAAAUGUGAUCUCUACAACAGGCGGAAAUAAGGUUCAAGGUACCUCAGCAGAGU